AUUCUUCAGAGACCUAAAACGAAAAGGUUACGAAGAGGAGCGGAACCCUAAGCACAACUCUGAGGCGGCGGCGGCGAGGGCGAUGGGGCGUGUUCGAACAAAGACCGUGAAGAAAUCUUCUAGGCAGGUAAUUGAGAAAUACUAUUCUCGCAUGACUCUUGAUUUUCACACAAACAAGAAAGUUCUGGAGGAAGUGGCCAUUAUCCCUUCGAAGCGGCUUCGGAACAAGAUCGCCGGCUUCUCGACCCACCUGAUGCGCCGGAUCCAGCGCGGCCCUGUGCGUGGCAUAUCGCUGAAGCUUCAGGAGGAGGAGCGCGAGCGCCGAAUGGACUUCGUCCCCGAGGAAUCUGAGAUUAAGGUCGAACGCAUCGAGGUUGACUCCGACACAUUGGACAUGCUCGCAUCCAUUGGCAUGGCGGAACUCCCUGGAGUUGAGAAGAUGACUGAGGCUCCCGCUGCUCCGGCUUUUGUUGGACGCCCGGCAUUCGUGAGAAGGGCCUAAGUUUUCCUAUCCCUCUUUCGCUUAGUAUUCUGUUCGAACUUGUUAAAGUUUGCAUUUUUUAUCGUUUUGAUAUCUGGAUUGACAGAUGGAGUUUGUUCUAAAUUUCCCUUGCUCUUAUAUAGGUCUGUACUUGCUUUGGUUAUGUGUUGUUUGGUUCAUGAAUUUGCAGAUGGUUUAAAAUUAAUAUUCUGGGGAAUAUUAUUAAUAUUUUCAGA